AAAUUGAAAAGAGAAGAGAGAAUCCUAUUAACGUACAUCGGCUGCCGUUUGAGGGUUUUCAUUUUUCAUCUUGAUUCCUUUUUAUAUAUAGAAAAUCAGAGGCAAUCCAGUUAGGGAAUGCAGAGAGAUGAAAUCAGCUCCGUUUUGUAGAGGCGGAAGGUAUCAAAAACCGCCCAUUGGAGGCCGGAAUUGCCACCGGAAACACGUUGAAGACGGGUGAACAUCAGCCGCCACCACCACUGCCCAAAAUUCUUCCAUUUCUAUUUCUUGAAACGUACGAAGUUUGUUCCUUUUUUACUUUUUAAUUAUGACAAUGGGAUCUGACGAAAAAAGUGCUGUGUUGCAUGGAAAAUAUGAAUUAGGCCGACUUUUGGGCCAUGGCACGUUUGCAAAAGUUUACCAUGCUCGGAAUUUGCAGACGGACAAGAGCGUGGCUAUGAAAGUUGUAGCCAAGGAGAAGGUGAUUCGUGUAGGGAUGAUGGAGCAAGUGAAGCGUGAAAUCUCGGUGAUGAAGAUGAUGAAGCACCCCAAUAUUGUUGAGCUUCACGAGGUGAUGGCGAGCAAGUCCAAAAUUUAUUUCGCCAUGGAAUUCGUUCGUGGUGGCGAGUUGUUUGCUAAAAUUGCUAAGGGCCGAUUGCGCGAAGAUGCAGCCAGGAAUUAUUUCCAGCAAUUGAUUUCGGCCAUUGAUUUUUGUCAUAGCCGUGGUGUAUAUCACCGGGAUCUGAAGCCGGAAAAUCUAUUGCUGGAUGAAGAAGGUAACCUCAAGGUCACGGAUUUCGGGCUGACGGCAUUUACAGACCAUCUCAGGCAAGACGGCUUAUUGCACACCACUUGUGGGACGCCGGCAUAUGUUGCCCCUGAGGUGAUUGGGAAGAAGGGGUACGAUGGGGCAAAGGCGGAUAUUUGGUCAUGUGGCGUGAUUCUUUAUGUAUUGUUGGCUGGAUACCUUCCAUUCCAAGAUGAUAAUAUUGUGGCUAUGUAUAAGAAAAUUUACAGAGGCGAUUUCAAGUGCGCGCCAUGGUUUUCAUCCGAGGCACGAAGAUUAAUCACGAAGAUGUUGGAUCCAAAUCCAAGUACGAGGAUAAGCAUAGCGAAAAUCAUGGAUUCAUCGUGGUUCAAGAAAUCGACGCCUAGGAGUUUUAGGACUAAAGGAGAGCAGGAAUUCGCUGCGGUUGAAGAUGAAGUGAAUAUUGGGAAGAAAACGGAAGCUGAGACUUUGAAUGCCUUCCAUAUCAUUUCGUUGUCUGAAGGGUUCAAUUUGUCUCCUCUUUUUGAGAAGACGAGGGUGGAGAAGGAGGAGUUGAGAUUUGCAACCACUAAGCCAGCAAGCAGUGUGAUAACCAAGCUCGAAGAAUUGGCAAAAACAAGGAAUUUUAGCGUAAAGAAGAAUGAUUCAAGUGUCCGAUUGCAGGGGCAAGAGAGUGGCAGAAAGGGGAAGCUUGGAAUAUCUGCUGAUAUAUUUGCUGUGACACCUUCAUUGUUGAUGGUUGAGGUGACGAAGUCUAGUGGUGAUACUUUGGAGUACAAUCAAUUCUGCACUAAAGAGUUGAGACCUGCACUUAAAGAUAUUGUUUGGACAUCAGCCACUGGCACUUCAAUGCUUGCUUGAAGUGUUCUACAAGUUCCUCUAAUAAAUCCCAGUUGAGAUUUCAGGAUUCUUAGCUUUGAUGUUCAGUUAUUGUCAAUCUCUGAAUUUAAUUAGUAUGAUUUAAAUUCCUGUGUGUUAGUUCUAUAUGGUUGAAUCCUCUGUUCCAGAAUGUGUUCAUAGUUUGUGCGUCUAUGUUCUGUUAAUGAUCUGUCAUUCAGAGUUCAUUGUUGAAACCAAAAUUGUAAAUUUGCUUCAAGUGGUUGAUUGGCUUUUGUGUAAAUGGGGCCAUUUCAUAAUUUUUUAUUGUUU